GGGGCGAGCCCGGCUGCCGCUCUCCUGCCCCCUGGAGGGCGCGAGCCCCGCGCGGGACGCUGAUGCUGGCGAGGCGGCAGCCUUGGUCUGACAGGCUGGAGGCAGAUUGGUCUCUAUUGAGAAUCCUGUGUUGCUCCAGAAUUUCAGGUCUGUGAACAGCUUGAACUCCUUCCACUGGAUCCAUUGCUGGGCUAGGUUUGUGUCUGCAAAAUCCAUGGCUCCAGGGAUUUUCACACUGAGUUCCAUGGCUCACACUGCCAGCUGCUGAACUGCAGAGAACGUCACAGCUCAGACAUUACCACCGUGUUCCAUUAGCAAAGAGUGAAGCUGAAUGCAGUGACUAUCACAUGAGUUCCACAAGGAUAAUGGAUACUAAAUUGCGAGAGGCUGAAGGAUGUGGUGAGGACAAUUCAGGAAAGAAAAAGUCAAAGUUCAAAUCUUUCAAAAAGUUCUUUGGGAAAAGGAAGAGGAAAGAAACCUUACCAUCUUCAGGAAGCAUCACUCUGAAACCAUGCCAGUCAGCUAGUGAUGUCACAGUCCCAGAGUCUAUGCACAUUGACUAUGAUUCUGAAGAUGAACAUGAGACCCACACGGGUAUUAUGGGAAGCAGAGCGUUAUCACAUGACAGCAUUUUCAUUCCUGAGCCUGUGCAAGAGCCUGAGAGGCCCGUCCGAGUGUUUUCUCAGGAAAACGUUUCUGAUCGGAUUAGAGCGUUGCAGUUAAAACUCCAACAUAGCAUGAAACUGAGGCCUCCUCCUCCAUUUGGCAUUCAUGCAAAGCGGAUAGAUGAUGCUGGAACUAGUUCUGAAGAUGAUGGGUUACCCAGGAGUCCUCCAGAAAUAUCUUUGCUACAUGAAAUUCUAAGUUCCAGCACAGCAACAAGGUUCUCUGACUCUCACAAGCACCCUAGCUCUUUGAGUUUAGCUGGAACAGGCAGUGAAGAAGAAGAACAGGUCACUUCAGGUCCUUCUUCUAGGCCCCGCUCUACAGAAGGCCAACUAUUCCCUAGGCAUGCAAGUGCUAAAACUAUAUCUCCCCGAACAUCUGACAGCAGCAUCUCGCCUGCAGCUGAUUUUGACACUCCGCCUGAAUUCUCCACUUGCUUAGAUAAUUCUGCUGCUAAACACAAGCUUUUAAUAAAACCACGGAACCAGAGAUCUAGUAAAAUGAGAAGACUUCCUUCGCGGACCCACUCAGAGUCUCUGAAUGACUUGAGCUGCACCCCAGAAGAAGAGGAGCACGAUGGAAGGGAGAUGCUGACAGACUUAACAUGUGAAGACUUCACCACCAGCCAUCAGAAAUUGACACACAGCACAGCUGUGACAAGUGAUGUGGCCUCCUGGCAGAGACCUGAAAUGCCUAAAGACUUUCCCCAUGGCUUGAGACACAGAGAUGAAAGGCCUCCCACACGGCAGUUCACUUCUGAGUCUGCCAUUGUACAGGAAGCCUUGUUACAUGAGAAUAAUCCUGACGGCUGCCAAACUACACUGGAAUUAACACAUUCUGCGUCAGAUUAUCCUUCUUCUUUAGAGCCUAAAGAAAACGUAAUCACCCUGUAUCUCCCUCUGGAUAGAGAAGCACAAAGGGAAAAAGAGCCCCCGGGAACACCGAGUGUGUCCACCAGGAACGUGUGUGAUGUGUCAGUUAAUACUUUAAAUCAAGAAAAUAAACAGUUUCUUAAUGGGUCUUCAGUGAACAACCUGCUGUCUGAAGAGUAUACUUCAACCAAUACUGGCAGUUUUUCUUGUUUGGGAGGGCCAGAAAAAAAUGUACAGAAGGAUGGUCAGAUACCCAUGGAAACUUCCUGUAAUAAGGAAACAAAGGAGUCUGCUGCAUUGCCAGCUUCCAGCAAGCAGUUACCUGAAGGGUCUUCUCAGUUCACAGACUCACCCUGUGUUUCCUCUGAUAUCCCACAGCCUGCUUUGUCAUCGCAGCUGGGGUCAUCUGAUUCCUGGUCUCUGGAGCAAACUACGCCCAAUCAAGAACUAGCUGCAUCUGACAAGGAAAACAAUCAGUUCCUGGGACACAGGGAGGCAAUUCUGGGGAAAAAAACAGAGAAAGCUGCCAAUGAACUCAGCACCUUGAGAAAAUUUUCAGUGUCACCAGCACGGGAGAGACCAAGGGCUGGCAGCCUCCACCUGAAAGAAAACUCAGAAUGUGAAAGUCCAUUAAAUGCCAAAUUACCCCUGUCAAAAACCAAACUCGCCUCAAGAAAUGAGAGGUUGAAAGAGGAUGUGCAGGUGGGCUUGGAUCUACAGGAGGAAAAAAAUAGCAUUAAAAAGCAGGUGUCGCUGGCAGAUUCUGACUCUGAGGUCACGGGCAAAGCAGCAGACAAAAUGGUGGCUGGCUGUGUUUCUCAGGCCAUUGAUGCAAUUCCAGUGGUAUCCCAGUGCCAACCAGGCAGUGAAGAUAAAAGUCCUUUUCAAGUAAAACUUAGAUCCACUUCACUGUCUUUGAAAUACAGAGACAGCUCUUCACCAGAAUCAAAGGGGUUUAAAAGAUACAGUGCAGAGAUUAAUUUAGAAAAUCAGGGAUUGGCAUCACUUCUAAAAGGUGAAAAGGCACAGAUCAAAAAGACAGCUGAUGUAAAUAUCAAUGGCUCUGUGAAUGACAACAUAAAAUCUAAAACACAGUCCUCUGAACAGCUUAACACAAAACCUCCAUUGCCUAGAAAGCCUGUUUUGCAAAAUGUAAGUAAUGCCAACAGUAAUGUGGAAAAGCAGGAAGUCACGAAAUCUCCUGAAUCCAGAAGUAAAGACAGAGACUUGGAGAAAAAAUCAUAUCCUUCAAAAGUGCCUGAGAAGACUGUGCCUUCCCCAGUGAUUACAGCAGACUCUGCAGGAGGAACUGACAGCCAGUCAAAGCCAGCCUGGAUUACUAUAGUAAGACAGAAGCAGAGGGACAAGCAACAGGAGCCGAACCCUACUAAAGAAGAGAAACUUGUGGCUCAAGAUGUUAAGUCAGACACAGAAAAACAAAAUAAGGAGAAGGAAAGAAUGGAGGGGUCAAUGAAGCAACAAGCAGACUUCAUCAGGAGCAAACCUUCAGAUUUAGCACCUAAAACGUCUUCUGAAGAACAGAGGAAUGAGACAAAGUCUGACGUGAACGAGCCACUGCCAAGAGCCAAUUCGCUGUCGCAUCAUGUCCCUGCUCAAUCCUCAGUGCUGAUAGAGAAAGAAGAAAUGAACCAGUUUAAGAAAGUCAGUCAUUCUGCUCCAGAUCAGCCAUCGUGGAUGGAACUUGCCAAAAAGAAAUCCCAAGCUUGGAGUGAUAUGCCACAGAUUAUAAAAUAGGGUGAUACAUCUCAGACCAAUAGUAUAUGUUAUUUAGGAUAAUUGAGUAGUCCACGUAAUUGAACUUCUAAAGAUUAGUUAAUCACAAUGAAGAAUCUAUGGUACAUCAGAAGGGUUUUGUUAUAAAGCUUUGAAAAAACAGUGCAAUAAGUGCUGUCAACAAGUUUACCUUAAACCUUCUGUAGCAAUCAGGAUGGUACUAGAAAUGGUUUAAAAACAAUCUACUUUAAGGACAUACACACCAACUUAGAAAAACAUUCUGCCUAUAUACAUUGUGUAUCCCCCCCCCAAAUUAAAAUUGCAAAAAAAAAGUAUCUUUGUUAAAUCUUGUUGAACUUUUUGUUGCAAACAUUGUUACACUGCUGAUUAUCGAUUUGUGUAUUGUCCACUAUCAGAUCAUGAUAAUAUAAAUCUCUUUUACUGGCGUUAUCUGACAGACAUUCUUUAAAGAUGUUUGGGCCAAUAAUGUAUUCAUGACUUGUUUUUAUUGAGCACUUUAUCAGAUAUUCAGAAUUUGCUGUUUGAACUGUGCGAUUGGUUAGCUGAGUCACAUGGUAUGGUUUCUGUUUUUCUAUUUGAUUCCUGAGGCAUAAACAAACUUGUUUGUGCGUGAAAAUGAAUAAAAAUUCCUCCUGAAAUACUUGCCUGAACAAAACUGGCUGCACAAAUGGGCACAGAAAAGCAAGCAAAGAGGAAACAAAUGUGUUUGGAUUGAAUUGGAAUCUCAUGUAUGUAUUCAUGAAUGCUCUUCUCCAGAAUUCGCCCAGAUGCGGGUGUUCUGUUUUUUAUGGGAAUUCAUCAUAUUGGUUUGUGGCACCAUAUUUAGUGGCAAUGGAUAUGCUUAUGAUAUCAAAGAUGAAGAUUAUGAAUUCAGAUAAAGAUUAACGAGCUAACGUAUGGGACUUGUUGAGCCCAAACUCAAAUGUUACAAAACCAGGAACUGAACAGGUAAGAUGCUUCUUCAAACACAAUACAACCUCACAGCCUUAACUCUGCCCUCAUCUGAAUGGCAAAAGGGACUGGGAAUAGCACAGUAUGUUAACAAGCUGUAACAAUAUUAUUUUCAUUGUGCCCACUGCAACUCCAAAUCAGGAUCCCUGUUUAUGCAGUUUCAUGGGCACCUCUGCUGGUUGUGUAGCAACACUGACAUGGGGAAGUAGUUGCAGCUGGUCGAUAGAGAUCACGCUGACCUUAUUGUACUUCCUCUCGUCCUGCUGCACAAGCACAAAGAAACUAACAAUCCAUUCGGAAAUGUCCUAAAAUUAGUAUCCUGCUGUUACGGGAAACAGUCUCUCCUCCCACAAAAACACUAGAGCAGCAGUUCUCAGACUGUGGGUCGGGACCCCAAAGUGAGUCGGGACCCCAUUUUAAUGGGGUCACCAGAGCUGAAGCCCAAGCCCAACAGCCCAGGGUUGAAGCCUGAGGGCUUCAGCCCUGGGUGGUGGGCUCAGGUUACAGGCCCCCUGCCUGGCACUGAAGCCCUUGGGCUUGGGCCCUCCACACCCAGGACAGUGGGGUUUUC